AUGUCGAAUAUGUUCUCGAAUAGUCCGACUCCUGAAGAUAGGGAGGGAAUGCUCCAAGCUUCAGUCCCGCUAGACCUGCAAGGGUCGAUCCCCCCUACGGGUGCAGAGCGGAAGAAGCGCACGAGGACCGGAUGUGUCAACUGCAGUCGCAGACGGCGAAAAUGCGAUGAGGCUAAGCCCAUGUGCACGGGCUGUAAGCGUCGGGGGGAGAAAUGCCAAUGGCGCAUGAUGGGUGCGUUUCGCGACUCGAAUCUCAAGGUGCUAGAGUCAGAUCACCCUUCCAUGAGCCAAGGCGUGGCAGCUAGCAAGAGCAAGCGGCAGAGUAGAUUCAAGAUUGUCAAUACUGCAAAUCCACGGCCCAAGCGUGCACCCAAACAGCAGGAUCAAGUACCCCCAGCCCCAGAGCAAGGAUCAGUGCAUGGGUCACCUCCACCAUCUACCCCAGACGAUAGCACUAUAUCGAUGCCUAUGGCUGUUGCGGGGGACAAUGCGGACCCCAAAACUCCCCUGAUUGACAAUGGGGCUCCUGCAUCAAAUCCUGGGGUAAAUUCUGGCCUAUCACCGCCAUACUCGAGCAAUACGUCAUCGCAUCCCCAGAAGACAUAUGAUAGAUCUUUAGGACAUGAACUUCAAGCCCAUGUCAGCCCUCUAGGUCUUCAAGCAUCAUCUCCUCAUUCUCACUAUGAUUCGAAUCUACGGUUCGAAUUCCAACCACAACCUAGGGACGACUCCAUAUCGCAUCCUUAUGUCUAUUCCAGCCCCGAAUAUGCGAUCAAUGAUCUCUCUGCACUGAGGGGUCUUGACCAAAAUAAUCAGUUUCAUUCAUCGGUGGCAGGCUCCUAUCAAGCGGGACAAUCACCGGUGUUUGACCAUGGCAUCUUCUCCGAUCCAACAGAUCUUAUCAACGAUGUUUUCCUUCCGGGCUCCGCGUACGAGGCCCUUCAUACUACGCUACGAAAUCGGCAGCUAUGGACUGCAAGGCCAGACUUUCCGAGCCCUCGCAGCUCACAAGGUACUACUCCUAUGGUGCAUACCCCAACAGGGAAUAGUGCUGCUGGUUCAGUAACAAGGACGGAGAGGGGAUCUCGUCGUUCGGGAUUCAGUAGACGUUUUGAAUUAUCACCUGAAAGAGAACAUAUAUUGUGGGGAAAUUAUCUCAACGAGAUUUGCUCCUGGCUCGACAUGUUCGAUAACCAUCGGCAUUUUGCUUCAACAUUCACCCAAAUGGCCAAGACUUCCGCCCAUCUUCGGUACUCUAUCUUGGCAUUGUCUGCACGACAGCUUGAAAGACAACAGAAUGCGAAAUCGCAGUCUGAAAGUUUGUCUCUAUAUCAAGAAGCUAUUCAUCUCCUCCUGCCCGAAUUAGGAAGCAAGACAACACCUGUCAUUGCGUCCUGUGUCAUCUUGUGUGUCUUGGAAAUGCUGAGCUGUAAUCCUAAAGAAUGGCGUCGCCACCUAGACGGAUGUGCGUAUCUCAUUCAAGCGGCCGGUAUCAAUGGUUUCUCCGGAAAAGAAGAACAGGCGCUCUUUUGGUGUUUUGCUCGAAUGGAUGUGUGCGGUGGCCUUAUAUCCGAAGAGGAAACCAUUAUACCAAUCCAUAACUGGAGGCCCAGUGACAUGAGCUAUAACGAAGCAGCGCAGACAUUCAUCGCUUCAGCAAAGACCAACGUCGACACAUAUGCCAACUACACAGUGUAUCUUGUCGCAAUAACAGUGAACAUUUUGUUCGGAUGUGCGUCCCAGCCUGAUUACUCUUGCACAUCGUGUCAAUCUGUCCCUAGCGAUGAUGGUGAUUCGUUUGUUCAUCGCUGGGCGGAUGCAUUCGAUUGCGUGGAAGGGUGGUAUGAAAACCGACCGGCGCAAAUGAAAUCCAUUUUCAGUGUCGCUACUUCCGAACGCGAGGGUCGCGAUCGGGCUUUCCCAAUUGCCCUGUAUGGAAAUGGGUCUGCGAUUUCCGGGAACCAAUUGUAUCAUGUCGCUGCCCUAUUGCUUCUUCAGAGAAAACCGAAAACACUGGUUUUGAAUAAAAGACCAAGAUCUGUUCUUUGGCAUGCGCGACAGAUAUGUGCAAUCUCCGCAUCUAAUGCACACCAUGGUUGCUGGACGAAUGCAUUGCAGCCUCUCUGGAUAGCUGGAAAAGCCAUGUCCCACUACUCUGAGCAUGCUGCAAUUGUCGAAACGUUAGUCCGCAUUGAGCGUGAGACUGGCUGGGCCACCGCCUGGCGCGUUGAAGACUUGAAAGAAUUCUGGGGCGAAUAUGACAACGACGAGGAUUAUGAUGUUGAUAUGAAUUAA